AUGAUAGUUGCAAAAUCGGCUGGUAAAACGGUCGAAGAAACAGUUACAGAAAAAGUUCCAAAGAAAGGUUUAAAAAAAGUUACGGAGACAUCUGCAGAGACACAGAAAGAUAUUUCUAUGGUAGUACAUUAUGAUCUGAGUGCUUUGGUACCAUUUGCUUCACCUUUGGCCACUGAAGAAUUUACCCUAGAAUUGAUGCAAAUUGUGAGGAAAGCUUCAAGAAAAAGACAUUGUAGACGCGGUGUCAAGGAAGUAGUCAAGGCUCUAAAAAAAGGACAUAAAGGUCUUGUCGUGAUGGCUGGAGAUAUUUCUCCUAUAGAUAUAAUCACUCACAUUCCAAUACUAUGCGAGGAUUCUAGCGUUCCUUACAUUUACAUUCCCUCGAGGGCAGACCUUGGAUUUGCCUGCGCUACAAAGCGUCCUACAAGUGUAGUGAUGAUUGUUCCCGAUCAGAAGGUUGAAGAUGCUUUUGAUUAUAAAGAGCAUUAUAUCACCUGUUACAAUAAAGUUAAAGAAUUGGUAAAUAGGUUUUUCUUAUGUGUAAUUGUUGUAGCCUUUUAUUGA